CUCGCAGCUCACUACAUCAGUCUGCUGGCAAACACUGGCGGGUGUAAACCUGCGCGGCUCCACUACACGCUGCCCGCACAUUUCUCUCUAAACUUGCUAUGGAUUGUAUGCGUUGAUGGCCGUAGCAGUAAUCUUAGUGUGAUAUAUAAUAGGUGCAGUGUGGUAAGACCCAUUUUAAGCGUGUAGUUUCACUUUCGUUCGUUUUAUUGCCACUUUUACCCGUCCCAGGACGCCGAGGCAAGAUGGCGGACAUUGACGUGAACGAUCCUGAGCUCAAGUACUUGGUAGUAUCCAGGGAUACCUUCGAAGAUCCUGCGUCCCAGGCCGAGUGGACGCAGAAGAGACUGGUGUGGAUCCCCCACGGAGACCAUGGCUUCGUGGCAGCAGGCAUCAAGGGAGAAGUGGGAGAUGAGGUGGAGGUGGAGAUCGCCGACACGGGCAAGCGUGUCCGGGUGGCCAAAGAUGAUAUUCAGAAGAUGAAUCCUCCUAAAUUCAACAAAGUCGAGGACAUGGCUGAACUUACCUGCCUAAAUGAAGCGUCUGUCCUGCACAACCUCAAGGAGCGUUACUACUCUGGUUUGAUUUACACUUACUCCGGGCUGUUCUGCGUGGUGGUGAACCCCUACAGACGGCUUCCAAUCUACACAGAAAAGGUGAUAGAGAUGUAUAAAGGCAAGAAGCGACACGAGAUGCCACCGCAUGUCUUCGCCAUCACAGACUGUGCCUACAGGUCCAUGUUGCAAGAUCGAGAGGACCAGAGCAUCCUGUGCACGGGGGAGUCCGGCGCCGGCAAGACAGAAAACACGAAGAAAGUGAUCCAGUACUUGGCUUACGUGGCCGCCUCCAAGGCCAAAGGUGGAGCCUCCGCCGAGGAACAGACUCAACAAGCACAACACACAGGCAACGUCUACAAGUCCGCCGCUCAUCAAGAGAACAAGGGAGAGCUAGAAGCACAACUUUUGCAGGCUAACCCCAUUCUUGAAGCCUUUGGUAAUGCCAAGACUGUCAAGAACGACAACUCUUCACGAUUCGGAAAAUUCAUCCGCAUCAACUUUGACAAUUCUGGUUACAUUGCUGGUGCCAAUAUUGAAACCUACCUAUUGGAAAAGUCUCGUGCUAUUCGUCAGACACAGGAUGAACGCACAUUCCACAUUUUCUACCAGUUGCUGGCAGGAGCUAACCAACAACAAAAAAGAGACUUCAUUUUGGAAGAUCCCAAGCACUAUAAUUUCCUGACCAGAGGAAAAAUCCAGGUGCCAGGGAUGGAUGAAGUGGCAGAGUUCCAAGCCACAGUUAAAGCUAUGCAGAUUAUGGGCAUGAACAAUGAAGAUAUCCAGUCUGUCUUCAGAACUGUGUCUGCUGUGCUGAUGUUUGGCAACAUGCAAUUCAAGCAAGAACGUAACUCUGACCAGGCUACCCUUCCAGACAACACUGUUGCUCAGCAGGUUGCCCACUUGUUGGGACUAAAUGUGACUGACCUGGUGAGAGGGUUCUUGAAGCCACGCAUCAAAGUGGGUCGUGAGACAGUCACAAAGGCACAAAACAAAGAACAGUGUGAGUUUGCAGUGGAAGCAAUUGCUAAGGCACUCUAUGAACGCUUGUUCAAAUGGAUUGUGAUGCGUAUCAACCGCUCAUUGGAUCGCACAAAGCGUCAAGGUGCCUCUUUCAUUGGUAUCCUUGAUAUUGCAGGUUUUGAGAUCUUUGCCAUGAACAGCUUUGAGCAGCUCUGCAUUAACUACACAAAUGAAAAGUUACAGCAGUUGUUCAAUCACACAAUGUUCAUUCUUGAGCAAGAGGAGUAUCAGCGUGAAGGAAUUGAGUGGAAGUUCAUUGAUUUUGGUCUAGAUCUUCAGCCCACAAUUGACCUCAUUGAGAAGCCUAUGGGUAUUUUGGCUUUGCUGGAUGAAGAGUGCUGGUUCCCAAAAGCUACAGACAAAACUUUCAUAGACAAACUUAACACUUCCCAUUCUGUGCACCCAAAGUUUUGCAAGUCCGAGUUCCGUGAUAAAGCAGACUUUGCCAUCGUCCAUUAUGCUGGCAAGGUAGACUAUUCUGGCCAUCAGUGGCUCAUGAAGAACAUGGACCCCCUUAAUGAGAACAUUGUGUCACUGCUACAGACCUCUCAGGAUCCCUUCAUGGUACAGAUCUGGAAAGAUGCCGAGAUUGUUGGAAUGGCCCAACAGGCGAUGGGCGACAGCCAGUUUGGUGCUCGUACUAGGAAAGGAAUGUUCCGCACAGUAAGCCAGCUGUACAAGGAGCAGUUGACCAAGCUCAUGAUGACUCUGAGAAACACCAACCCCAACUUCGUGCGAUGCAUAAUCCCAAAUCAUGACAAGCGAGCUGGCAAAAUUGAUGCAGGUCUUGUGCUUGAUCAGCUGAGGUGUAAUGGUGUGCUCGAAGGUAUCAGAAUCUGUCGCCAAGGAUUCCCUAACCGCAUCCCCUUCCAAGAGUUCCGCCAGCGAUAUGAACUCCUCACUCCCAAUGUUAUCCCCAAAGGCUUUAUGGAUGGCAAAAAGGCCUGUGAAAUGAUGAUCCAGGCCCUAGAACUUGAACCCAACUUGUACCGCAUUGGCCAGAGCAAGAUUUUCCUGAGAGCUGGUGUUUUAGCAUCACUGGAAGAGGAGAGAGAUAUUAAAAUGACAGAUCUUAUUGUACAAUUCCAGGCAUAUUGUCGUGGUAUGUUGGCUCGAAAGAACUACCAAAAGAGGCUUCAGCAGCUUAAUGCCAUUAGAAUCAUCCAACGUAACUGUGCUGCUUAUCUCAAGCUCCGUAACUGGCAAUGGUGGCGUCUGUACACAAAGGUAAAACCACUUCUCCAAGUGACUAAACAGGAAGAAAAGCUUGUUCAGAAAGAGGAGGAACUCAGGAUGAUACAACAUGUGCUUGAAGCUCAGAAGAAAACUAAUACAGACAUGGAAAACAAAUUCCAACAAGCAUUACAGGAAAAGAAUGUCUUGGCAGAACAGUUACAGGCAGAGACAGAGUUAUGUGCUGAAGCUGAAGAAAUGAGGGCCCGUUUGUUAGCAAGAAAACAAGAACUCGAAGAUAUAUUGCAUGAUAUGGAAACCAGACUAGAAGAGGAAGAAGAGCGUACGAGUAACCUUACAACUGAGAAAAAGAAACUCCAGCUACAGAUUCAGGAUCUAGAGGAACAGCUAGAAGAGGAGGAGGCUGCUCGGCAAAAGCUCCAACUAGAGAAAGUUCAGUGUGAUGGUAAAAUUAAGAAAUUCGAAGAGGACUAUGCAUUACUUGAGGAUUCAAACCAGAAAUUGCUAAAAGAGAAGAAAUUACUGGAAGAACGUUCCUCAGAUGUUUCAAGUACAUUAGCAGAAGAAGAAGAAAAAUCUAAACAUCUUAUGAAACUCAAAGCAAAGCAUGAAUCUAUGCUUACAGAACUUGAGGAUAGAAUUAAAAAAGAGCAGCAAGGCAGAUCAGAAUUAGAACGUGCAAAGAGGAAGUGUGAAACGGAUCUUAAUGAUUUGAAGGAACAGAUUAAUGAGAAAAAGAAUCAGAUUCACGAAGUACAGAUUCAGUUGGCUAAACGAGAGGAAGAAUUAGCACAAGCCAUGAUGAGAGUUGAUGAAGAGGCUGCAGCAAAGUCACAGCUGCAGAAGAAUAUGCGUGAGGUGGAAUCCCAAUUAAACGAAUUACAGGAAGACCUUGAAGCAGAGCGUAACCUAAGAGCAAAGGCUGAGAAGCAGAAGAGAGACUUGAAUGAGGAAUUGGAGGCACUUAAAAAUGAGCUGUUAGAUUCACUGGAUACAACGGCAGCACAACAAGAAUUACGCAGCAAGAGAGAAGAGGAAUUAGCCUCUUUAAAGAAAAGUUUAGAUGAUGAUCAGGCACUUCAUGAACAACAGAUUACUGAGCUACGGCAGAAACACGGGCAUGCGCUUGAGAAUCUGAAUGUAGAAAUUGAUCAGCUCAAGAAACUAAAAGCUGGUUUGGAUAAAGCCAAGAAUCAACUUGAAGCUGAAAAUGCAGACAUGGCAAAUGAACUGAAGAGCCUUACAGUUAGCAAACAGGAAAGUGAAAAGAAACGAAAACAAUAUGAAGCUAUAAUCUCAGAUAUGCAGCAAAAGAUUGCAGAAUCAGAGCGUAACAAAUCUGACAUUCAAGAACGUCUUACAAGGUUAGAGCAGGAGUUAAGUGCUGCAAAUAUUGCAGUGGAAGAAGCAGAUUCCAAAGCCAUGUCUGCUAAUAACCAGUUAAAAAAUCUAGAAGCUCACUUGCAAGAGACUCAAGGUCUUCUUGAGGAAGAAACACGGCAGAAGCUCAACCUCAACUCUCGUGUACGUGCUCUAGAACAAGAGAAAGAUCAUUUACAAGAGUCUCUCGAAGAAGAGGAGAGUGCCAAGCGUAAUUUCGAGAAACAAGUUGCUACUCUACAAGUACAGUUAAGUGAGGCAAAGAAGAAAGCUGAUGAAGAGUCUGGAAAUGCACAACAGUUGGAAGAGACGCGCAAGCGCCAGAUGAAAGAACUGGAAGAGCUCCGUGCUCGCUUGGCUGAAUUGGAAGCCACAAAUGAGAAAUUAGAGAAGAGUAAACGCAAGUUGCAAGCUGAACUGGAAGAUGCUCAAGUUGACAUUGAUGCUAACCGUGCCAAGGUUGUCGAGCUGGAGAAGAAGCAACGUAACUUUGACAAACUGCUCAAUGAAGAGAAGAGCAAUUAUGAACGUUGUCAACAGGAGAAGGAAAAUUCAGAACGAGAGGCUAGGGAAAAGGAGACAAAGAUCCUAUCACUGAACAGAACUUUGGAGGAAUACAUGGAACGUAUUGAAGACCUUGAAACUGGCAAGAAACGAUUACAAAUUGAACUUGAUGAUUUGGUUUCAACUCGUGGGACUGCUGAUAAGAAUGUUCAUGAACUGGAAAAAGCAAAACGUGCUCUGGAAUCCCAGUUGGCUGAACAGAAGACUCAGAUUGAAGAACUUGAAGAUGAACUACAGCUAACAGAGGAUGCCAAGCUAAGACUAGAAGUAAAUAUGCAAGCAAUGAAGGCACAAUUUGAACGUGACCUGAAUGCUAGAGAGGAACAGGGAGAGGAAAAAAGACGUGGACUUGUGAAACAGCUGCGAGAACUCGAGGCAGAGCUCGAGGAAGAGCGUAAGCAACGCACAGCUGCAGUAACAGCACGCAAGAAGUUGGAGGGUGAUCUUAAGGACAUGGAAGGUCAGUUAGAGAUGAACAGCAAGGUCAAGGAUGAUGCACUCAAGCAGUUAAAGCGAGCAGGAGCACAACUGAAGGAAUAUCAGAGAGAGGCAGAAGAGAGUAGAGCUUCACGGGAAGAAAUGUCUGUUCAAUACAAGGAAUUGGAAAGAAAGAUUAAGGUCAUGGAAACUGAACUGCUUCAGUACCAGGAAGAUCUUGGUUCUGCUGAAAGAGCUCGCAAGAAUGCAGAGAUUGAGAGAGAUGAACUCCAAGAGGAACUUAACCAAUACUCGUCUAAGGCCACCUUGAGUGCAGACGAGAAAAAGAGGCUUGAGGCUCGCAUCUCUACUCUAGAAGAAGAACUAGAAGAUGAACAGGGCAAUGUUGAGGUACUAAUGGAUAAAAUGAGAAAGAGUCAGCUUUCCAUGGAACAGUUGCAAACUGAUUACAACACAGAGAAGUCAUCUGUGGUGAAGCUUGAGGGCCAGAGAUCUAUGUUGGAGCGCCAGAACAAAGAACUCAAGGCUAAACUAGCAGAACUGGAGGUUGAAAUCCGAUCAAAGACGAAAGCAACCAUAGCAGCACUGGAAUCAAAGGUUUCCAACUUAGAAGAGCAACUUGAGGUUGAAUCUCGUGAUCGUCUGACUCAAGCAAAGGCCAACCGCAAGCUUGAGAAAAAGUUAAAGGAGUUGGUAAUGCAAAUGGAGGAUGAACGCCGUCAUGCUGACCAGUAUAAGGAGCAAUUAGAUAAAUCAAAUGCUCGUGUGAAACACUUAAAACGCACCAUGGAAGAAACUGAGGACGAGCUAUCAAAGGAGAAGAUGCAGCGUCGUAAAGCUCAGCGGGAAGUAGAAGACAUGAUGGAAUCCCAAGAGGCACAGAACAGAGAAAUAUCUUCUCUAAAGACCAAACUCAGCCAAGCUGAAGCUGAAAAGGUCUUAAGUCAAAUCACAAAACGAACAAAUCGUGGUCUGUGCAAGCUUAUGAAGAAUGCCUCGACUUCAAAUGUGAUUGAUCUAGCACAAGAUUUCAGUAGCAGUGAAGAUGAAAAGCGUGGUGGUGCUGGACUUGGUUCCCGCCUUGACUUUUUGGGAGUGAAGCGCGGAUCUAUUGCUGCUGCUAGUGAUGACUCUCAAAAUGCUGAUGAUUCUGUGGAUGGAGAGGAAGAUGCUACCAAGUGAGAAGCCAGCACUCAUCACUGGUCCCAGGACACGUUCUCCUUGAGGGAUACCAUUGUUGAAUAUGCUUCGUCAAAGGGACUCUCCACUUCAUUUCCUAUUGAGUAAAUUGUAUGCACAUUAAUUUAGUCAAAGGAUGAAGUAUAAAGGUGAUAAAUUUAAAGUAUUGCUUCUUAGUUGGUGUGUCUGUAAUGAGAAAUUGCCAACAAUUUGAGUGAAAUUUGAAUAAAUGAUAGAACAAAAACUAUUGAUAAAAUGCUAUAAGCAACAUUUAGAUGUUGCUAAGAAAAUGUAUCUAAUCUUAAUUAUUUAGCAGAGAAAAUAAAUUAUUUAUAGGACUGUAUCUGUUGGAAUGAGUGUCUUUGUUGAAUUUGUUGCCAUAUUUGCAUACCCAGUGAGUGGACUGAAAUUGUAUAACAACAUUCCAGAAAUUAGGGUGUUUUUUUGUUGUUGGCAUAUUUGUACUUAAUCCAGAUGACUUGUAUGAGGAGGAAAAGCAGUUGCAGAAAGCACAAAGUUGCCUCAUCUUAACUUCCAACAACUGCCAACAUAUGAAAUUCUGGGUACAGUUUUUUUUUUAGGUACCUGAGUCCUACAUUUGUUGAAAGUAGGUGGUGGUUGAUGGGGGUUAAUGAAGUGGCAGUUAAUCCUGUUAGCCAAAGGAAAAAAAAAGAGUUGGUAGUUGCCAAGCAACAAGUGACAUUAUUGUUAAUGAAGGAUAUAAGUACACUUGUGGCAACAAAUUUGCAUGUUUGUGGGAUGGGAGAGAGGUCAGGCAUUUAUUAAGGGAGAAAAGCUAUGCUGGUCUUUACAUAAUUAGGUUCAUGUUAAGUAUGCCACCUGUUGCCAGUACUGAGGGUUGAGCAUUGGUGGCUCUGGUAAUUUUUAUUGCCAUUGAAUAGUAUGAAGCAUGCAUUUUGCAUGUCACUUUUUUUACUGUCAUAAUACACUUUUCCUAACUUUGUAUCAAACUAACCAUGAAUGCUUCCAAACUGCUACAAUGUAUAGAUAAUAAUGAAUGAAUAACCUAUUACCAUUAGUUAAGAGCUACUUAUAUGAUUAUUAUUGUUAUAUAUUAUCAUUAUUACAGUAUCUUGUAUAGUUGCCAGGCCAAUUAGGAACUGAAAAUUUUCUUAUACAUCCUGUACAUACAUUUAUAUAGAGCUUAAUUACAACCAUCCAUAUAGUUUUAAAUAUUUUUGCAAAAUACAGUAGUAGUUGUAUGCACAUUGGUUGUAUCUUUAAUUUCUGCCAAUCACUAUUUUACAAGUGACCUUAAAUUUAUGCCAUUGCUCACAGCAAAUUUACCUCAUUUUCAUACAUCAUUACCAAUUCUCAUUAGGAAACAUGGCCUUAUAGUUGUAGAAGAAAUCCAGUGAAACCUUUAUAUUGUGAAUAGUAGAGGGUAUUUGGGAAGAGAUUCAGUGUACAGUACAGGAUGGUAAUAAGAAAUAUAGUAAACGACUUUGAUUUGUGAUUUAAGGUAUAUAAGCUUCUAUAAGGUGCUUUGUUUUGAUAUUGCUAUUGCAUUUGUUAAUUUGAACUCUGAUCAUGUAUUACAUAGAUUUUUUGAUUAAGCCAAGUUUUCUAUAAAAGAGCUGGGUACAGCAAUGCUUACCACACAAGUUGGGGCCUAAAGUUCUUGAAUGAUGACAUGUCAGUUAGGAUGCACAAGUAUAUUUGAUCUAUUUAAAAAAAAAAAAAGGGGUCAGUUGUUAUAAUUUUAGCCAUUUGUAAAUAAUUAAUUUUAGUAACUUAAUGGCUUUAAAAUUCUUCAGAAUAAUUUAAUACAAAGCUAGUUCGGUAUUGGAUACUGUGUGAAAAACUGAUGAGAAUGAAGUUUUGGUGUUAACUUCUAGAACACAAGUAUCACUCUGCUGUUGAGGACAAAUGUGUACCGUCCAUGUGUCCAGCUCUCCAUCUCUUCUUGAUGGGACAAGAACAGGAGUGGGUGUUAAAAGUUCCUAUUCAGGGAGAUGUGCCAAGUGCAUUUUGUUAGUGAUAAAGGUAAUGAAUGAUUGUGAUAAAUUGUUCUUUCCCAGAACUUGAGAGUAUGGUAAUGAUACAUUAAUGUUUAUAUCUACAUGACCACCAUUCAUAUUGUAAUUUACUUGUCCAUUUGUGUGUGUUUGAGGAUCUGGAAGCAUCUAGCAUGUCAAUGUAUUGUAUAUAUAUACUUGUGGUGCACUUCAGCUGACUGCAAUAAAUGGCCUUGACAAA